AUGUCUAUCCGGACGUACGGUGACAAACCGAUAAGUUUUCAACUUGAGGAAAAUGGAGAGUACUAUUGCGUGGGCUCAGAGGUGGGGAACUACCUGCGCCUCUUCCGGGGCUCUCUCUACAAGAAAUAUCCGGGCAUGACACGGCGCACACUCAGCAACGAGGAGAGGAAGCGUCUGAUUGAAUCUGGACUCAGUAGCCAUAUCCUGGCUAGUUCUGUGUCACUGCUGAAAGCAUCGGAAGUGGAGGAUGUUAUUGAUGGCAAUGAUGACAAGUACAAGGCAGUUUCUGUACAUUCCUCAGACCAGCCCAUUCUGCGUGAGAGCAAAUCCAAGAAACCCACCCCAUGGGUACCAACAAUGCCCAAUUCCAGCCACUUAGAUGCUGUUCCCCAGGCGACUCCCAUCAAUCGCAAUCGUGUCUACCAGAAGAAGGUACGCACCUUCCCAAUGUGCUUCGAUGACACAGAUCCCUCGACAAAUCUCGAGAAUGCAGCUCAACAGGAAAUGCUAGUACCUGUUCGCCUCGAUAUGGAGCUGGAGGGACAGAAGCUGAGAGACACUUUCACAUGGAACAAGAAUGAGAGCAUGAUAACACCAGAGCAAUUUGCUGAAGUACUCUGUGACGAUCUCGAUCUCAAUCCAUUGGCUUUUGUUCCGGCAAUUGCAGCGGCUAUUCGUCAGCAAAUCGAAGCAUACCCCAGUGAGCUGAUUAUUGAGGAGAGCUGUGAUCAGCGUGUCAUCAUCAAGCUCAAUAUCCACGUGGGCAAUACAUCCCUUGUUGACCAGGUGGAAUGGGAUAUGUCGGAGAAGGAUAACAAUCCCGAGGAGUUUGCAAUGAAACUUUGUGCUGAACUGGGAUUGGGCGGAGAAUUUGUCACGGCAAUUGCCUACUCAAUUCGUGGGCAAUUGUCCUGGCAUCAGCGUACGUAUGCAUUCAGUGAGGCACCACUGGCCACUGUUGAGGUCCCGUUCAGGGCACCGAGUGAGGCCGAUGGAUGGGCACCCUUCCUCGAGACACUGACAGAUGCAGAGAUGGAGAAGAAAAUCCGUGACCAAGACAGGAACACAAGGAGGAUGCGACGUCUGGCAAAUACAACUCCAGGUUGGUAAGCAGCAUUUCUCCUUUUAUUCUCUCAAAAUAUUUUAUAAAACCACAAAAUAUUUAUAUUUCGCGAUUAUAUUCCUCAGAACUAUCAUCAUUUCUAAAAUAUUCUGUGUGAAAUUACUGUAAACUUUUAUCAAUAAAAUUUGUGUAUGAGAGGUGUUUAAUUAA